GUUGUGUUAUGAUUUUGUAUGGAACAGCCGGGGAAAAGUUAAAAUUAUAUAAUUAUAACUAAAUAAAUAACUCUAGAGAUUUCAAUAAAAGUAAUAACAGAAAUGUUAACACUUUUAACAUCAAUUCGUGCCCUUGCCGUGCGCCAGCCAACGGGAGAGGCACUACGCUGCCUGCACCUGACUGCAGUCACGGAAGCGGCGCGCAAGGGAACCCGUGAGAAAGCACGCAAGAAGAAGGUUAAAGUUGAGGUAAAAAAAGUGGGAUUCAUUCCCCAUAACCAGCGGGACAAAAAAAUCAAUGUUAAACGGGCUGACAAACACGUGGAUGACUCCUGGAAGCAGGUGCCAAAAGAUGACGUCUACGUCGGCCGCUAUUACCGCUGGCCAGUGUAUACUGUAGCUGAGGCCAUACAAUGUCAUCGCGAGACGCAUCAUCCUAGUAUGUACAAUGUGCCAAAUGCUUCUCUAAACGUAGAAAUCGAGCUUAAUAUGCAAGGUGAAAAAGCGACACGAUUUGUGGACAAUUUCCAGCGCAUGGCCAUGAUACCACAUAAGUUUCAUCACGGCGAAGAUAGGAAAAUCAUAGUAUUUACUAAGGAAAAUGAGGAAAUUACAAAGGCGCGCGAAGCGGGCGCCACGCUUGUGGGCGGUGUGGAGCUGAUCAAAGACAUAACAAACGGCGAGCUUUUGCUGUCCGACUAUCAGUUCAUUAUUGCUCAUCCCAAUAUACUGGCGGAGCUCGUUGCACUACGUGGCCUGAUGAAGCGCAAGUUUCCCAAUCCAAAAAGCGAAACACUUGGCACAAAUCUUGCCGAAAUGAUUACCAAAUUCUCCAAUGGCAUUAGCUACAGUGCAACUAAAGACGAAUACCAGCAGAACUUUGGCUUAAUAAAAGCCAAUGUAGGCACUUUGGACAUGGAUACACAGCAUCUGGAGGAGAAUAUACGCUUUUUGUUGCAGGAUGUGAAUACAAUGCGUCCCAAGCGAGAUGGACGCUUUAUAACACGUGUUCUGCUUAAGAGCGCGCCCAGUAGCGAACAGCUGAAAAUCGAUCCAUUUGUAUAUAUACCUGAAUUGUAUGACAAAAACGUUGCUAAAGUAAGCAAGGAAGCCAAGAUGGAAGCGGAGACACCAGAGCAACAAGUGGCGGCAGCCGCAGCAAAUUAGUUUAAAAUAUUAUCUUCUUAUAAAAUCUGUAGCUUUAACGCUAAUGGAUGUAUUUGUGCAUUGAAGGUCGGAAUAUAUUCUUUAAACAUUAUAAAAUUUAAA